AUGAGCUUAGGUUGUUGUAAUAUUACCCUACUGGUGCUCGGUAUUUUUGGACUUGUUCUUGUAGUUUUGGGACCAAUCUUAGGAUAUGUUGUGUUUCCUCCUAUAGUUGACGAUGAAAUUAUUGAGAGUGUUCGACUUGAAGAAGGUUUAGAACAAUUUGAUCGAUGGGUAACAACACCGGUGCCAUUUUCAUUCAAGGUAUAUAUUUUCAACGUGGAGAAUCCAGAUGAUAUUUUAAGAGGAAGUAAACCAAUUCUUAAGGAAUUGGGACCAUAUGUUUACAAGCAACAUCGAAAAAAAGAUGUUUUAAACGUAAACACAGAAACCGACACAUUAGAAUAUACGCAAAACUUAGAAUUUGAGUUUGACGCAGACGCAUCCGAAGGAACUGAAAAUGAUGAUGUAACAGUUCUAAACGUGGCAUUACAAGGUGUCUUACAAAUUGGUGAAGAUGCCGCCAGCUUAACACUUAAUAGAGUAUGGAAUAAAAUGUUCCAAGACUCACCAUCGAUUUUCCACACAAUCAAAGUAAAAAAUCUUCUUUUUGACGGUUAUAAAUUUUGUAUUCCAAGUGAUAUGGUAGGAGUAGAGUACAAUAUAGCUAGAUCCGCAUGUAAAGAUGUUCGCACUCAAGCCGAGUCUAGUCCGACGCUUGUUGUUGACUCUGACAAUGCAAUUGUAUUCUCUUUCUUCAAACACAAAUCUGUAAACGCCGAUGGACCUUACAUUAUCAACGCGGGAAACAAUGACGUUCAUCAAAUUGGAGCUAUUCAAAGUUGGAAUGGCGUUGAAUACAUUUCCAGUUGGAAUGAAAUCGGAGAAAACACAUGCAAUAAAAUUCGUGGAAGGGAUUCCUCCAUUUAUCCACCUUUCAAUAACGAUACCAGUGAAUUCGAAAUUUUCAAUUCUGAUAUUUGCAAGAUAGUAAAAUUGCGGACUAAAUACAGUUCUUCUUAUGAGGGUAUUGACGGUAACGUGGCUAAAUUGGAGACAAACACCUUCACAAACGUUGGAAAUGGAGACUGUUAUUGUACAAAAGGUACUAAAGACUUGAACGGAGAAUAUGAGUGUUUCCCAGAAGGGUUUGCUGACAUGAGAACAUGUACUGGAGCCCCAGUGGUUGUAUCCUUCCCACAUUUUCUUUGGGCAAAAGAUUACACAGAAACUGUUGAAGGAUUGUUAGCCGAUGAAGACGAACACAGCACUUUUGUAAUGAUUGAACCCGGAACUGGUACCCCUUUGCAAGGAGCUAAACGAAUACAGUUCAAUAUGGUGGUACGUCCACUACGCGAUUUUGACUUAACAGUAGAUGUAACUCCAUCAAUGUUUCCAGUAUUAUGGGUUGAAGAAAGUGUAGAUUUAUCGGAUGAUUUGGUAGAAAAAUUAAAAGACGAUUACCUCAGUAAACUCGUUGCAUUGGACGCGGUAACUUACACUUUGCUUGCAGUUGGAAUAGUUUUGUUCAUCGGUGGUUUUGGUGGAUUUUUCUUCAGAAGGUGCUAG